GGUUCUCACCAGUCUAAUAUGAGUGGCGUCUCACUGGAGACUUUUACAGAGAAAUCCAAGUGUGUUUGUUCGAAAUGGCAGAAACCGCUCCAGCAGCACCCACACUGACUAAAUCGCCAAAGAAAAAAGCGAGCGCGAAGGCUAAAAAGACCGGCCCUAGCGUCUCUGAUUUGAUCGUCAAGGCUGUGUCGGCUUCAAAAGAGCGCCACGGGCUCUCGUUGGCUGGGCUCAAGAAGGCUCUUGUCGCCGGUGGCUACGAUCUGGAGAAGAAUAAUGCCCGCGUCAAACUGUCCGUAAAAAGCCUUGUGAGCAAAGGCUCUCUCGUGCAGACUAAAGGCACCGGGGCUUCUGGAUCCUUUAAAAUCAAUAAGAAACAGUCAGAACCCAAGGUAAAGUCCGCCAAGAAAAAGGCGACACCGAAAAAGAAGCCGGUGGUGAAAAAGCCCGCUGCCGCCAAGAAAGUGAAGAAACCGGCAGCGAAGAAACCCGGGGCAGCCAAGAAAACUGCUAAGAAGCCUGCAGCAGCAAAGAAAGCCACCAAGAGCCCUAAGAAGGCGAAGCCGGCUGCAAAGCCCAAAAAGGCUGUUAAGAGCCCGAAGAAGGCUAAAGCAGCAAAGCUUAAGGUGGCCAAAGCGAAGACUGUAAAGAAGGCAGCACCGAAAAAGAAGUGAUCCGUUUGUAGCGUCCGAUAGCUGUACACGAAUGGCUCUUUUAAGA